AUUCAUGAAUGUGUUUCAAAACAUCUAUAAGCGCUCAUACAACGAGCUGUGAAUUUGAGUGUGAUAUUUGUCUGUUUUGAAUUGAAACUUGUCAGUAAACGCGUUUUAGGGAAGUUUUACAGGUUGCGUUCAAGGCAGUCUUACUACUACAGUCGCGCUGCGCUGAUUAUUAGACAUAUUAGACAAUUUCUCAAGUGUUCAGCGGCGCGAUUACGAUGAACGCAUCCAUUUGUUUAAGGGGAGGGGUUGUGUAACCGUAUGAAAAGGCAGAAAACUUUCUUUCUACAAAAAUAUUUUUAGUAGUUCAGAGUUUCGCUUUGACUCUUUUCUACCCAGUGCCCUGUAAAGAUUCCCCGGACAGAGAGAUCGGUGAAAUGGCGAGCAAGAAGGCAGUUUUGUUCAAUCUGUGGGGUGUCGUGGUUUCUCCCAGACCCGCAGAAACUUUCCUCAAAUUCGAAGAGACCCACAAACUCCCCAGUGGUUUUCUGGAGAAGCUGGUGACAAACGAGGACAGCGCCAUGCAACGUGCAGAGAGGGGCAAACUCUCCCUCUCUCAGAUGAUCCCAGAGCUUGAUGCAGAGUGUGUGAGUGCAGCAUCAGAUCAGAAGGUCAGUCUUCCUGCUGGGUUCUCUGUUAAGAGCCUGUUGGAGGAACUCAGAGACUCAACCACCGUCAACAAACACAUUCUGCAGACCGUAGCUACGCUCCGCAGACAAGGGUUAUUGACAGGUGUGUUGGCCAACCAGUGGGUGGAUGACAGUGGGUGUGGAGAUAGCUCUGGCCGUCUCCUCUCUCUGCUGGGCGGCCAUUUUGAUGUGGUGCUACAGUCCUGUCGUACCGGCCUCAGGGUCCCAGAGGCCGACCUGUUCAUCUCCGCUCUCAAACAGCUGGGAGUGCCUCCGAAACAGGCUCUGUGGUUGGCUGAUGAUGAGAAGGGGGUGGGAGCAGCAGAGGCAUUAGGGAUGACAGCUGUUUUGGUGAAGGACCUGCCUGAAGCUAUGAAACAAGUAGAGACCUUCACUGGAGUGCAGGCUGUAACAGGGGAAAUCUACCCAGCCUCUUGCAACCCAGGAGAAGUUUCUCAUGGAUAUGUCACCGUCAAGCCCGAUGUAAAGCUGCACUAUGUGGAGAUGGGGGCGGGGCCUCCGGUCAUGCUGUGUCAUGGCUUCCCUGAGAGCUGGUACUCCUGGAGAUACCAGAUCCCAGCUCUAGCAGAUGCAGGGUUUAGAGUGGUUUCUCUGGACAUGAAGGGCUAUGGAGAGUCUACAGCUCCACCAGAUAUAGAGGAGUACUCACAGGAACAGAUCUGCCAGGAUCUUGUGACUUUCAUGGAUAAAAUGGGUAUUCCCCAGGUGACUCUGGUUGGUCAUGAUUGGGGUGGAUCUGUGGUCUGGAACAUGGCCCAGUGUCAUCCAGAGAGAGUCAGAGCGGUAGCUUCCCUGAACACCCCUCUGUUCCCUGUGGACCCCUCCAAGAAUCCUAUGGACUUCCUGAAGACUGUACCCAUCUUUAACUACCAACUCUACUUCCAGGAACCCGGUGUAGCUGAGGCUGAGAUGGAGAAAGAUCUGGCAAGGACCUUCAAGAUCUUCUUCCAUGGCAGUGGAGAUGAGGAUAAUGUUCCUACUAUCAACACUGCUGGAGUUUGUGCCAGAGGUGGUCUGUUCGUAGGACUACCAGACGAGAUACCCAGGAGUUCUAUCCUCAGUGAGACUGCUCUGCAAUUCUACAUCACUCAGUUCAAAGACAAGGGAUUCAGAGGGCCGCUGAACUGGUACCGUAAUGUUGUGAGCAACUGGAAAUGGCUUUGCUCCCGACCCAGAGCUAAGCUCUUGAUGCCAGCUCUCAUGGUGACCACGGGUAAAGAUCCUGUUCUGCUGCCUGUCUUCUCCAGGGGAAUGGAAAACAUGAUCCCCAACCUCACCAGAGGACACAUUGAGGAGUGUGGACACUGGACCCAGAUGGAAAGGCCAUCUGAGCUGAACACCAUUCUGAUCUCAUGGCUGAAGGACACUCACAGCAACAUGGGGGUUGCCGUGACACCCAAGCUGUGAUCAGUUACCACAGUGGCCACUUCUCGGAGCCUGGUUCCUCUCUAGGUUUCUUCCUUGGUUCCUGCAGGUUGAUGUUUAUUGGGAUGAGUCUAGUCCUGGAGGCAGAACUGAGCCAUUUGCACGAGAUGGGCCAGCUGCAAAGUCAAAAUUGGCUAUAUAAAAAUAUAUAUACACUGAACAAAAAUAUAAACGUGAUAUCUAACAAUUUCAAAGAUUUUACUGAGUUAUAGUUCAAAUAAGGAAAUCAGUCCAUUUAAAUACAUUUAUUAGGCCCUAAUGUAUGGAUUUCACAUGACUGGGCAGGGUCGUAGGCCCACCCACUUGGCAGCCAGGCCCACCCACUGGGGAGCCAGGCCCAGCCAAUCAGAAUUAGUUUUUCCCCCACAAAAGGGCUUUAUUACAGACAGAAAUACUCCUCAGUUUCAUCAGCUGUCCAGGGGUGGCUGGUCUCAGAUGAUCCCACAGAUGAAGAAGCCGGAUAUGGAGGUCUUGGGCUGGCAUGGUUACACAUGGUCUGCGGUUGUGAGGCCGGAUGUCCUGCCAAAUUCUCUAAAAUGAUGUUGGAGGCGGCUUUGGUAGAGAAAUGAACAUUACAUUAUCUGGCAACAGCUCUGGUGGACAUUCCUGUAGUUUGCAUGUUAAUUGCACAUUCACUCAAAAUUUGAGACAUCUGAAGGCAUAGUUUUGUGACAAAACUGCACAUUUUAGAGUGGCUUUUUAUUGUCCCCAGCACAAGGUGCACCUGUGUAUUUAUCAUACUGUUUAAUCAGCUUUUUGAUAUGCCACACCUGUCAGGUGGAUGGAUUAUCUUGGCAAUGGAGAAAUGCUGACUAACAGGGAUGUAAACAAAUUUGUGGACAAAAUUUAAGAGAAAUGUUGUUUUUUUUUGCGUAGGGAACAUUUCUGAGAUCUUUUAUUUAAGCUCAUGAAACAUGGGACCAACACUUCAUAUUUUUGUUCAGUAUAUAAUUGAACGUUGGGCAUAAGGUUAACAGUGUGCUUAAGGUUAGGUUCUAUAACAUUGUGACUGUGCCAGCUAGUGACCACCCUGCAGAGCUGCCUCCAGAACACGAGUCAUCCCAAUAAAUGCAAACUUUCCUUCUUGAGAGGUUUUUCAACUAUGCUUCUGCCUCAACAUUGCUUGCUCUCUGUUAGCCUGGACAUCUGCAAAGCACUUGGUGACAACUGCUGAUGUAAAAAGGGCUUUAUAAAAUAAAUUUGAUUGAUUGACAAUUUA